AUUACGCCAACCAGAACCGCCAUCCUUUGUUGCCCUGCAAAACGGUUACGUGGCUCCUAUCCAAAUUUGCGACAGGUUUGUUGUUUAGCUCAGUGAAGGCGACAAAACAAGUUCAGGCAAACAUGAGCAGUGGUGAUAACAAAGUUAUAUUUGAGGGUGAACCAAAACACCGCGAAAGAUCAACAAAGCGACGGAUGAUCAUCAUCCUCGUCCUCGUCGUUCUUGUUGUGGUAGCCAUCAUCAUCACACUUGCAAUAGUUUUCACGAGAGACAGAGACUCCGAACCAGACGUUCCUACUUCGCAGCCCAUCCUUCCUCCUCCUACUGCACCACCGGGAGCAGAUGGGCCUUACAAACAUGCCGUAGUUGCAUCGGAUGCUGGUCCCUGUUCGGAGAUAGGCCGUGACAUUCUUAAAAGAGGAGGUACGGCAAUGGAUUCAGCAGUCGCAGCCUUGUUUUGCAUCGGAGUCUACAAUAUGCAUUCUGCUGGUGUGGGCGGUGGUGGGUUCAUGGUUGUGUACAAGAAGGGCACAAGGUCUGUGGAGGUAAUCGACUUCCGUGAAGAAGCCCCAGGGAAAGCCAACAAAACGAUGUAUGUAGGAGGAAAAUUGGACUCUAGAAUCGGCGGAGCAGCUGCGGGUGUACCAGGUGAGGUAAAAGGUUUUUACGAAGCUUGGAAGAAAUACGGGGGUAAUAUACUGUGGAAAGACCUAGUACAACCGAGCAUUGACAUGGCGAGGGACGGAUUUCCUUUUGGACCUUCUGCUUAUUACGCUGCAACACGGUCAAGUGUAAAACCGCGCCUCAAGGCAGAUCCUGGGUUGAGGGAACUUCUUUUCAAUGAAGAUGGUGAACUAAAGAAGUUAGGAGAAAUUUUAUACAUGCCGAAAUUUGCACGAACCUUGGAACGAAUCCGUGAUAAUCCAGAGGAUUUCUAUUUCGGAGAACUAGCUAGAGAUGUUGUACAAGACAUUAAAGAUGGUGGUGGUAUUUUCACCCGGGACGAUUUGAAAAACUACAAAGUGAAGUUCAGGAAACCUAUGGAAGGAAAGUUCGGAGAAUACUCCUGGUAUUCUACUCCACCCCCAGGGAGUGGUGUGGUGUUAAGUUUUAUCCUCAAUAUCUUAAAAGGAUACAAUAUGAAACCUUGGGAUCGGCAUGGAAUCAAAAACUCAACCCUGACAUAUCACAGAAUUGUGGAGGCUUUCAAGUUUGCUUACGCUUACCGAGCAUUACUGGGUGACCAAGACUUUGCAAAUGUUACGGAGAUCGUCAAAAACAUGACCGACGCCGACUUUGCCGAAUCCAUCCGCCAGCAGAUUUGGGACAACCAGACAUUCUCCGAUUACAAACACUACGGCGACUUUUAUCACAAUUCUAGUCAUCAAGGAACUUCACAUUUAUCUGUUAUCGCCGAAAAUGGCGAUGCUGUUUCUGCAACCACUACGAUAAAUCUUUUCUUUGGGUCGAGAUAUCGUUCAACUCGUACAGGCAUCAUCUAUAACAACGAAAUGGACGACUUUUCUACUCCUGGUAAGAAGAACGCGUACGGUGUUGAACCGUCCGAGUCUAACAUGAUUGUGCCUGGGAAACGGCCCCAGUCCUCCACCGCGCCUUCGCUAUUUUUAGAUAAGAACGGAACAGCUCGUUUGGUGAUUGGAGCGUCCGGUGGAACGAAAAUAACAACCGCCAUCUCUUUGGUUAUGAUGAAUUAUCUCUGGUUCAACCGUACCCUUUCGCAGGCUGUAGUUGAUCCCAGGCUCCACCACCAGCUAAUGCCGAUGUAUAUCCGCAUAGACAAAGACUUUCAAAUGCCCCUUGCCAUCCAAGAAGGACUACAGAGGCUUGGGCACAAUGUCAGGAAUAUCAGUGGUUACGCAGUGGUGCAGGCUGCGGCCACAAAUGAUGACGGGACACUGACAGGAAAAUCUGACCCAAGGAAGAGUGGGUGGGCUGCUGGGUACUGAGAUUUUGCCGUCACGUGACUGUAUAUAUUAGUAUGAGUGAAGACUAAACAGGUCACAAUUAGUUUUCAGGCUCACUUUGUUGUUUUUGUAUAGAUGUGAUUGUUUUAGUUCUAGUAAAGUUUUAGGGGCAAUCGUAGCACAGUAGGGAUAUUUAACUCACUUUACUUUUUCAGAAGUUCUCACGCAGAUUUUUUUAGAUGUUCGUACUCACAAUUACCUCUUUUCCACUUAUACUCAAGCAUGCUGUGUAUCUAAGCUGAUGCAAUCCUUGUGGUACUUUCAACAUUCUAUACAUAGCACUCAGGUUGAAGCUUCGUUACCUUCAAGUUUACAUAUUUUCAUUUUGAAGGAUUCGUUUGGUGAUGAUUUUUACCCUUUACCAUCCUUUGCAUUGUUGACAAAACGCUACUUUUUGCGACAUGGGUGUAAGUUUUCUUAUUUAAUCACUUUCAAAUGACAUCAUCCCCACAAUGCAUCCUGGUUGAGCGUAGCCAUUCAAAUAAUAUCUACGUUCAUGGUUUAAAAGAAUGGGGAUUUAGCAGUGGACAUUAAACGAGGUGACUCUUCUUGUCCACUGUUUCUUACUUUAAUGAAAGGUGUGAGGAUACGGAUGAAGUUUGGGAACCACAACGUAAUAAAAACAAUAUCGAAUAUCACCCGA